GUCCUGGAUCAGUGGAGAUGGGCUGAGGCAGACCGACCAGACAACACCGAGACCAGCGGCCGCAGAGUGCAGCAUUUACAGAAGGGAAGGCUCGGGAAUUCUUCCCAGUCCCGCUUGCCCCCGCUCCUUUCCACUCCCGGCCCCGACAGGCCAGGGAAUGUCCCCGUGGCGAGAUGCCUUACGUGGACCGACAGAACCGCAUCUGCGGCUUCCUGGACAUAGAGGAGAACGAGGGAAGUGGCAAGUUCCUGCGUCGUUACUUCAUUCUGGACACACAGCAGGGGAGCUUGGUGUGGUUCAUGGACAACCCACAGAACCUGCCUAUUGGUGCUGACUGUGUUGGCUCUCUCAAGCUCACCUACAUCUCUAAGGUCAGCGAUGCCACUAAGUUGAGGCCUAAGGCAGAAUUCUGCUUUGUCAUCAAUGCUGGGAUGAGGAAGUUCUUCCUGCAGGCCAACGACCAGCAGGACCUCGUGGACUGGGUCAACGCUCUCAAUAAAGCCACCAAGAUCACUGUGCCAAAGUUGUCUGAUGGGCAGCAGAAUGCUGAGAACCAGAAGGCUUUACCAGAUGUUGUAGGGCCCAAGAAGCAAGUCUCCUAUAAAACAGAGAUCAUUGGAGGAGUCCCCAUCGUCACCCAGACACAACAUGAAGGUGGCGAUGGUGCAGACAGAGCAGAGCGUGAGGCUAUGCAUCGCUCCCACAGCCAGCUGCCGUACUUUCUGGGCAGGCCAACUCAAGAGCACACAGUCAUCAAGUCAGGCUACUGCGUCAAGCAGGGAGCUGUGAUGAGGAACUGGAAGCGGCGAUAUUUCCUACUGGAAGAAAACUCAAUGAGUUACUUCAAGUCAGAUUUGGAGAAAGAGCCUCUUAGAAUGAUCCCUCUGAAGGAAGUUCAUAAAGUCCAGGAGUGCAAACAGAGUGACAUUAUGAUGAGAGAUAAUCUGUUUGAAGUCGUCACCACAUCAAGGACAUUUUACAUACAGGCAGACAGCCCAGAGGAGAUGCACAGCUGGAUAAAGGCCGUCUCAGGGGCCAUUGUGGCCCAGCGGGGACCUGGGAGGUCUGCUGCCACAGAACACGUCAGCCAUUCCACUUUCUACCGCAGCCCCGCGGGUCCCCCCAUCCCUCGCUCGCCCAUAUCUGCCUUGCCACCAUGCUACCCAGAGCGGGGGGCUGCUGUCACGUGCAGCGCACGCUCGCAGCCUGGCGUGGGACAGCGAGCACUUCAUGAGCCUGCUGCCGAGGCCCAGUCACAGCCUCACACCAGCACGCUUGUCCCUGCAGGAGACGCGCCUGGCAAAGUGACCUGCAAGCCGCCUGUGACCACCAUCAAAAACUCUGAGGAGUCACCGUGGCGCCGGCGGAGCAGCUUUGAGCCCCAUAUGCCUGAACAUCCCCUGGACCUGGAUGACGCUGACCUGCCAGUGAGCGAGGUCUGAGCCGUUGAGUUGGACAUUAAAACAUGAAAUCUGGAUCAGAUGAAGAGGGAAACAGGUGUUUUAAAAAGGGCAGGCAUUGGUUUUCAAACCAAAGCUGUAGGCGGAUGACGGCUUACAACAUCACAAACUUGAUCCUUUGAGCUUCUCCGUCAAUGCGGUCAGUGUGCUAGAGAAAAAAAGUUUGGUCACCACUGAACUGCACUCGUGUGCCAAAGACGACCUGAUCUUCACCCACACCGCUCCGCCUGCCUGCCGUCGCAUUUACAAUCGUGUAUUUAUUUCCCGAGAGUUGAUGUUGUCAAACUAAUUUUAGUUAACUUGUGCUGAUUAGAAUUCAGUGACAAAGCUUUAUUUUAACCUGUACAGGCACAAUGACACGUUCAGUGGUAUUUCUGGGUGGAAGACGAAACCACUUUGUGCCGAUAAAAUAAGGGUGCAAGCUAUUUUCUCUUGUCUAAAAAGAGAGUUCAAACUGAAGACUGGCUUUCCAUCGCAUCUCUGAUCUACUAAUCUGAACUGCGUGGUUCAUUCAUACUCACUUUUGUAACUCUGGAUUUGUUUACUAUUGUUAGCCAAUGUUGUGUGAGAUCAAAUCCUCAGUCUAAUGCAAAUUAUAAUUUGAAGAUUCUGGACUAGGACUAGAUGUGUACAAAUUUAAAUAUUUGUGUGUGUGAUAAUGCAAGACCAAAUGUAUUGCAGCCAUGUUUUUUUUUUGGUUUUUUUUUAAACAGUCUUUUGAUUUAAAUUUCUCUUUAUUUUUAAAUAUAUCGGAGGGUUAAGUUGCUCAUUUGUGUAAUGGUGUCCUCACUGUUGUUGACCACGAGCUAAAGUAGCUUGCAUGUAAAUCUACAGUGAAUAGUUUUUACAGUUGAGCCACCUCUGGCAGUAAAGUGAGAGUUUGACUGCAGAAGCACAAAAGAAAAACAAACUUUGAAAGCUACCGCAGCACAUGCAUCACUUCACAACCUGAAUCAGCCUCUUCUCUAACUUCAUUUCAGCGUGCCAGACUUUGUGGGCGUUUGUGACACUGGAUGACGUGGGGAAAAAGGAACAGCAGCUUGUAUACAUUUUGUAAUUCAUAGUAAUAAAAACUUCACCAAUAGGGCUGGGUCACUUACAGAUAAGUAAUAACAUUACAGGGUAAUAACAUGAGGAAACUAAACCUGCAGUCCGCGGUUGGAAGAUGAUUAUACCGUAUGAACGCCAUGCAAACAUUUUGGAUCAUGGUUGAACAGAAAAUAAAACAAGCUCACACACUUCUGUUGCAUGUUAACAUAAUAAUUCCUUAGAUUGUUUUUCUGUUCUGUUUUUAUCUACGGUCGUUGUGUGUUUGCAGAAAAGAGCUAUGUGGAGCAGACUUAUUUUUUAUAUGCUUUUAGAUGUUUCCUGAUCGUAUUCCUUGUACCUGUGUUGCCAACCCAGCAGGAGGCAGUUGCCUCAUUGUUUUAUUGAAAAAUGUCUGUAAAAAAACUGUAGUCUACUAAAUAAUACACUCUAAUUUUAUAAAGUGCCUGCUUCAUUUCAGCCAAACAGAGUCGAGCUAUUUCACCCCUUCUCAGUCUGGUGUAAUUGGUUUGAAUUGUCUGUAUUUAUUAUGUGGAUGACUUGAAAGAAAUAAACACUGAAUAUGUGCUCAUG